CGAAGCUGCCACGACCUUCACUAGUACCAACGGUGUCGAGUUGCCUGGGGUCCUCUUUAGGACUCCGCGCUUCGGAGAUAGAUAUUCCUUGAUAGGAAGUUUCACGCCCUUUACACUGUGGGCGAUGAAGUGCUGAUAGAUUGGAGACAUUCCCACUUGCCCAAGUGUUGUUUUUUUGCUUGGCAAGUUGACACGAUCUGGGGGGUUCUGCUUCUUGUGACUGCUCUUGCACGACGCUCAUGUUAAGAGCGAGCUGAUAUGCCUUGUUCGCAUUUCUGAUUGCAGUGUUCAUUCCGUCGAUGUCUGUCGAAGUUUGUUGCCCGAGUGGAGGAUCUUGGUGUGCACGAUCCAUACCCUCCGUGCACUUGAUCACCAACUUUGUCAAGUUCCAAACCUCCCAGGACACGGACUUCACGAUGCUAUGCCACGGCCCAUGAGAUGUUGGGGGUAUCACGCACACGUGUACACUGUUUGCUGUCAAAUGCAGAGAAUUCCUUGGUUUGAUGGUAUCUGUUUAUUGAACCUUCUCAGACUCGGACUUACAUUUGCUGUUCGAUGCUCUUAAUUUCACGGUCUCAGCCCUCUCCAGGAACCUCACCACUGAUGGCGCGAAUUGUUCCCAGAUGACGCUACGUUAUGCUCGGCAUGCUCUCGAGAUCCGCCCGGCGCAUGGCCUUGACUGUCAUUUGUACGGCAUCGGUUUGGGCAGCAGCUGAGGAGGUGAGACACAACCCUGAGAUUCGGAAUGCGGGUAAUGUCUUCCCAUUCCACGACCACCACCACCGGCCGCCGAGGUGGCUGGCGAGAAAUGUUUCCGGCUGUGCUCUCGGUCAACAAUGCUCGUAAACACUGCACAUGCAACUCAAGUGAGCGAGGUACAAGAUCACAACGACGAGUGGUUGCGGUAUAAGACCUUGGACGAUGGUGACCGUUUCAUACUCCUUCCUGCUUCUUCUUUCUCCAUCCCAUCGUUCUGCAACGACCAGUCACUCGUUAGUCCAGUGAGCCGACACUCGAACAGUCUUCUAUAACCCCAAGUAUCUCUUUCUCUGUCCUCUUCGCUUUUUCAUAUCAACCUCAAGUAUAUUUUUAAUAACUUCCACAUACAAAAUGGACUCCUGGGGCGCUCCUGUAUCAGCAGCCGCGGCUGCCAUGUCCGCUGCUCCAGCCGUUGCCUCCCACGGCCCUCUCACCUCCGCCACCUUCUGGUCUUGCGAUGCCGAGCCCAUCGAGACUCAAACCGCCGCCCCCGUCUUCACCACCGAAUACUGCGUCACCCUCCCUACUCCCUGCCACCACGGCCCCGGCCCUUGCCAUGCCACUUACACCGUCACCGAGGAGUGCACCGGCGACCGGGACUCAUGGGCCCAGCCCACGGGAGUCGUCCCUCCCGGAUUCGUCGUUACUACCGUCACCGAUUGCAAUGCCUGCCAUGGCGGACCUACCCAGACCUUCACGAUGCCGACUCAGACUUCUAUGCCAACCAAUGUUGGCCCUGCCCCGGGACCGGGCCCUCAGCCGACCAUGUCUACUAGUGUUGUGGUGAUGGUGCCGUCGCAGACUGGUGGACAGAUGCCGGUUCAGACGGCUGGUGCGCCGCCAGCGAGGACGAUGAGCUUGAAGACGAGCAUGGGACUGUUGGUUGGUGCGGCGUUGGCGUUGUUAAACUUUGCUUAAGCCGACCAAACUUUCGAUAUUUUCCUUUUUAGGCGUCUUGAACGACUUUUAUUCUGGGUUUGGGUUCUUUGAUUCUGGCUAUACGCAUAACUUCGUAUCUGGAUCUUCGGAUUUAGUUUUAUAACUAAUAGGAUGUUAUGACUGCU